AUGGUCGAGCUGGAACUGGAAACGGAGGAAGAUUCCCCUUACCCUGAAGUGAGAGCUUCCGUAUCGAAUAUCGAUGAUCCAGAUAUGCCUUGCGGUACAUUGCGUGCAUGGUUCCUCUGUUUCAUUCUUAGCACAUUUGCAAGUGCGGUCAAUACCGUGCUAAGUUUGCGGUAUCCUGCUCCUACUCUGAUGCCCAUCGUUAUGCAAUUGAUCGCAUAUCCUUGUGGUAAGUUCUUGGCAACAAUCAUGCCAAUCCGCACAUUCUACCUCCCUUCAUGGCUAGGUGGAAGCAAAUUCUCACUAAACCCAGGCUUGUUCAACAUCAAAGAGCACACUUUAAUCACAAUCGUUAUGAAUUUGUGCACAACACAAGCGUAUUCGCUCUAUACCGUACUGACCGUGGAAUCAGUCUACUUUUACGACACUCCAAAACCAAUCUUGUUCACAAUCCUGUACACAAUCUCAACAUCGAUGAUCGGAAUGUCACUGGCUGGUAUGUCAAGACGAUUCUUGGUCUGGCCCGCAAGUAUGAUUUGGCCACAAAAUUUGGUUAUCACAACCAUUCUCAACACACUGCACGCAGAAGAUGAUGCAUACGAUUCUUCCAUGUCAAGAUUCCGUUUCUUCUCCUUUGUAAUGGGUGGAGCAUUUUUGUGGAACUUUGUGCCGAGUUAUUUGUUCAAUGCAUUGUCCACAUUCGGAUGGCUAUGUUGGAUUUGGCCGAAUAAUUUCAUCAUCAACACAUUGUUUGGAACACAAACCGGUCUUGGGUUGAGCGUUUUGACAUUCGAUUGGAAUCAGAUCAACUACAUUGGAUCUCCGCUCAUUUUCCCCUGGUGGGCUGAAUGCAAUACCUUCACCGGAUUCGUUCUUUGGCUCAUCGUUUGCACAUUAUCACUUUAUUUCACCAACACACUAUUUACCGCUUAUAUGCCCUUCAACACUACCCAAGCAUUCGACAACCAUGGUCAACCAUACGACAUCUUCCGAGUGAUUCAAAAUUUGAAAUCGUUCAACGUAGAAGCAUACGAAGCCUAUUCACCUCUUUUCUUAUCGGCAACAUAUACGAUGCUAUAUACAACAGGAUUCGCAGCCGCUACCGCUCUUUUGUCUCAUACAAUUCUGUAUCACGGCAAAGCAUUAUGGCGUGGUGUCCGAAGAGUACGAACGGAAGAAGAUGAUAUCCACGCCAAAUUCAUGAGAAGAUACCCUGAAGUUCCAUCUUGGUGGUACUUUGUUUUGGGUGUAUUGAUGUUCAUCCUUGGUAUUAUUUGCAUUGAGGUAUACGACACCGAUAUGCCUGUAUGGGCAUUAGUCGUGGCGGUUGCGAUUCCGAUCGUGUACUUUUUGCCCUCUGGUUUCAUUUAUGCAAUGACGGGAACGACGAUUGGAACAAAUUUGAUCGGUGAAGUGGUUGCAGGUUAUUCAUUACCCGGACUUCCGUUGGCCAAUAUGAUGUUCAAGACAUACGCUUUCAACACACUCUCUAAUGGUUUGACUUUUGUGCAAGAUUUAAAACUUGGUCAUUAUAUGAAAGUGCCACCACGUCAAUCGUUCGCAGCACAAACGAUCUUUACCAUUUGGAAUUCGUUUGUUCAAAUUGGUGUUCUUCGUUUUAUGAUUGCUCGUGUUCACAAUUUGUGUGCGCAAGAUCAAGAACAUAGAUUUUCAUGCCCUCACGCACGUGUGUUCUUUACAUCCUCUAUCGUAUGGGGAAUCAUUGGACCGCAAAGAUUGUUUGGAAAUGGAGGAUUAUACAAACCUCUAUACUGGGCCAUGUUGGCAGGAUUGGUAUUGCCGGUACCGUUUUGGUUCUUGGCAAGAAAAUACCCUAAAUCAUGGUUAAAGUUCGUCUCUGUUCCGAUCGUUUUGAGUGGAGCAACAUUUUCACCUCCUGCAAGUGGAAUUGUUUAUACGGCUUGGUUUACGACUGCAUUUAUUUUCCAAUAUUUGAUCAGAAAGUAUAAUUUCCGUUGGUGGAGUAAGUACAAUUUUGUCACUUCGGCUGCAUUGGAUGCGGGAACGAUUGUUUCUACUUUGGUAAUCUUUUUGGUUUUGCAAUUACCCAAAGAUGGAUCAAUCUCUAUCGAAUGGUGGGGAAAUACAGUUUCUGCCAAUACCUUGGAUGCCAAUCCAACGCCAUGGAAAAUGCCACCCGCAAAUGGAUUCGGUCCACCUCCUAAAGCUUAG